GCCUCACAGACCGUCCUCGGASUCACUUUCACAAAAGCAAGCUGUUUCUGUUGCAUCCAGACCUUCCUUGAGAACCUCACAGGUUUGGAAAAUGAAUCCCACGGAUACAGCAGACACUACCCUGGAUGACAGCAUCUACAGCAACUACUACCUCUAUGAGAGCAUCCCCAAGCCUUGUAACAAAGAAGGAGUCAAAGCCUUCGGGGAGCUCUUCCUGCCCCCUCUUUACUCCUUGGUCUUUCUGUUUGGUCUGCUUGGAAAUUCCGUGGUGGUUCUAGUCCUGUUCAAAUACAAGCGGCUCAAGUCCAUGACUGACGUGUACCUGCUCAACCUUGCCAUCUCGGAUCUGCUCUUUGUGCUUUCCCUCCCAUUCUGGGGCUACUACGCUGCAGACCAGUGGGUUUUUGGUCUGGGUCUAUGCAAGAUUAUUUCCUGGAUGUACUUGGUGGGCUUUUACAGUGGCAUAUUCUUCAUCAUGCUCAUGAGCAUCGACAGAUACCUGGCAAUCGUGCAUGCGGUGUUCUCCUUGAGAGCAAGAACCCUGACCUAUGGGGUCAUCACCAGUGUGGCUACGUGGUCAGUGGCUGUAUUCGCCUCCCUCCCUGGCCUUUUGUUCAGCACUUGUUACACCGAGCGCAACCACACUUACUGCAAAACCAAGUACUCUGUCAACUCCACCACGUGGAAGGUUCUCAGCUCCCUGGAGAUCAACAUCUUUGGGUUGGUGAUCCCCUUGGGGAUCAUGCUCUUCUGCUACUCCAUGAUCAUCAGAACCUUGCAGCACUGCAAAAAUGAAAAGAAGAACAAGGCGGUGAAGAUGAUCUUUGCUGUGGUGGUGCUCUUUCUUGGGUUCUGGACUCCUUACAACAUAGUGCUUUUCCUGGAUACCCUGGUGGAGCUAGAAGUCCUUCAGAAUUGCACCUUUGAAAGGUAUCUGGACUACGCCAUCCAGGCCACAGAAACCCUGGCUUUCGUUCACUGUUGCCUUAAUCCAGUCAUCUACUUUUUUCUGGGGGAGAAAUUUCGCAAAUACAUUGUCCAACUCUUCAAAACCUGCAGGGGCCCUUUUAUGCUCUGCCAAUAUUGUGGGCUCCUCCAAAUUUACUCUGCCGACACCCCCAGCUCCUCUUACACACAGUCUACCGUAGAUCAUGAUCUCCGUGAUGCUCUGUAAAAAAAAAAAAAAAAAAAAAUGCAAAUGCAAAACACAGAGCCAAUAAGCUUCCCACCUUCAGAGCUUACUUAAAAUUGUAUUUUAGUAAGAGUCGCCUGAGAGCAGGCAGCAGGAGGAAGGCAUACAGCCACAGUGGAAAG